GGGAAUGGUCAGUGUGAGGUUCAUGGUUGGACUGGAGGAGCUUCAGGGGCUUUUCCAACCCAGAUGAUUCUGUGUUCAGAGGCUCCUCAGUUUCCUGAGGGCAGAGGGGUUCAGCAUUUUUUUCCCCUGCCUGCUGGCUGGUGCUAGGCUUUGUGGUUGCUUUGUGGAGUUGGGAUACCUCCAGCUGGGAGGUUGUAAACUCUUUGCCCAGAUGAGCACUAGUGUCAUCUCCCUCCUCAGACGUGGACCAACAGUAUCAACCAGACCAAUAAGAUGGCCCUGCUUGCCUGGGCAAAAGAAACCCGCACUGACCUGGUGCAGAUCAAUGGGCAAAGGCGAUACGGUGCCCCCCCACCAGGCUGGGUGGGCGACCCCCCGCCGGCCGGCACAGAGGUGUUCAUCGGGAAGCUGCCGCAGGACAUGUACGAGAACGUGUUGAUCCCGCUCUUCCAGAGCGUGGGGAGGCUCUACGAGUUCCGCCUCAUGAUGACUUUCAGUGGCCUUAACCGGGGCUUUGCCUACGCUAAGUACAGCAGCCGGCGCGGAGCCAAGGAGGCCAUCGCUGCCCUCAACAAAUUCGAGGUGCGGGAGGGCUGCGCCAUCGUGGUGUGCAAGAGCACCGAGAAGUGUGAGCUGAGUGUAGACGGCCUGGCCAGCUCGGUGAGCCAGGGGGAGCUGGAGGCCUUUCUGCGGCGGGUCACGGUGGGGCUGCAGAGCGUCACCCUGUGUGCCAGCCCCUGCCGGAAACGGGCCCAGCUUGCUGUGCUGAAAUACAGCUCGCACCAGGCUGCUGCCAUGGCCAAGAAAACCCUGAUGGAAGAGAACUUGAGUCUCAGCGGCGUGGAGAUGAGGGUGGCCUGGCUGAACCCUGAUCUGAAGCAGAAACUGCAGUUGUGCAAGGAGAAGCCAUCAUCCAGACGGGUGCAAGGAGGCAAGAGGCCGGAGGGCCCCAAGCAGGUGCCCCUGUCUCCAGUGCUGCGCAAUGCACUGGACCGCCUGAACACCCUGUGCCAGAAGCAGUACCUGGGGACACCCCUGUUCCUCACCAAGUGUGUUCAGGAAAACCCCAACGGGUGGCUGCGGUUCUGGUGCUGCAUGGUGAUCCCAGGGUUCCCUGUGCCCUUCAGUGGGUUCACAUGGGUCCGGCAGGACAGGCCAGGCAGGAGUGGGCACGAGGAGGCGAAGGUUGCAUUGGCGCUGCAGGUUCUUCGGGUGCUAGGAUGCCAGCUGAUGUAGGCAACUGUUCUACCCGAACCACGAGUUGAAUCUGAGCCACUGUCCUUGGUGCCACUGGCUGCAGGAGCAGCAUGCGAGCCCGGCUGGGCACCUUGUCCUGUUCCAGCUUUGCUUUGAGUUUGUUUGGGUUUGUUUUGAGAGCUGGCACUGGAGGAUGGGGCUGCUGGCCUCGAUCGUGACAGCUGCCCAGUCUCUGGCUGGUUGUUGGGGAUAGUUCUGUUUUUUGAGGAUGUAGGUUUACUUGCCCAGUUUGGCUUCUUUUAAGUUGGUUUGUGUUGCUCUGCUGCAGUGGAGGGACCUGGUGCAAGCCUCGGGGCAAGCAGCAGCUGCUUGGAGAGACUGCCAGCAGUGGCUGGGGAUGUGUAGGGGACACUGCAGGCUGCUUGGGCUCACCAGGGGACCAUGUAUCCUCCGCUGCUAUGACUGGUUCCUGAGGAACAGCCUCAGGUGAGGAUGAGACCGUGCACAGGCACCGUCCUGGUGAAUAGGGGAUGUUCCAUGGGCUGGUGGAGCUGGUUUAUUUUAAGGAGGGGAGUGUUUGAGGGUGCUGGGAGGUGCAGGGGAAGCAGCUGUGUGGUUAUCAGCUGUCUAUGAAUGAUUCCUCAGGACCAGGAGGUCUGGCUGCAUUCUGUUCACUUGGUAUUAAAGUAGCCU